CUCGCUACUUAGAACUUCAAAUCCCAUAAGCCUUUGCGAGCGCAGCCGUUGUCGGCAAGUCUGCUGUUUCAAAGAGGAAAAAAAAAAACCCGGUUCGCCAUUAGCAGCGUGUGGUGUGACGGGCCUGAAGAUCGGUAGCCGCUCAAGCCAGGUAACAUGGCUUCCGAAGAUAUCUCACAGUUGGCUGAUUCCCUGGCAAAGACUAAGGUGGGAGGGGGAGAGCUGAGCUUUAAAGGCAGAACUCUGAAGCUCAACACAGCUGAAGAUGCUGAAGAAGUGAAACAGGAAAUUAUUGAGUAUGAGGGGCUACAGGCAUUGCGUCUGGAAGGCAACACUGUGGGUGUGGAAGCAGCUAAGGCCAUUGCUAAGGCUUUGGAAAAUAAGCCAGAUCUGAAGCGUUGCCACUGGAGUGAUAUGUUCACAGGGAGACUCCGAUCUGAAAUUCCUCCCGCAUUAAUUUCGCUGGGUGAUGCCUUGAUGACAGCAAAAGCUCAUCUGACAGAGCUUGAUCUGAGUGACAAUGCUUUUGGGCCAGAUGGUGUGCGAGGGUUCGAGGCUCUGCUCAAAAGUCCCGCAUGCUUUACACUGCAAGAACUGAAACUUAACAACUGUGGCAUGGGUAUUGGUGGAGGAAAGAUUCUUGCUGCUGCCCUAAUAGAGUGCCAUAGAAAAUCAAGUUCAUUUGGCAAACCAAUGGCUUUGAAAGUGUUUAUCGCUGGAAGGAAUCGUUUAGAAAAUGAUGGGGCUACUGCUUUAGCAGAUGCAUUCCGGUUAAUUGGCACCCUGGAGGAAAUACAUAUGCCUCAAAAUGGAAUUAAUCAUCCUGGGGUCACUGCACUGGCUGAGGCUUUUAAAUCCAACCCAUUACUGAAGGUCAUCAACCUUAAUGAUAAUACAUUCACAGACAAAGGAGGCAUUGCUAUGGCUGAGGCUUUGAAGACACUAAGGCAAGUAGAGCAUAUCAAUUUUGGGGAUUGUUUGGUUCGAUCUAAGGGAGCAUUAGCUAUUGCAUCUGCCCUGAAAGAGGGGUUACAUAAGUUGAAGGAACUUAACCUCACCUUCUGCGAGAUCAAGCGUGAUGCAGCACUUACAUUGGCAGAAUCACUUGAAGACAAAUCUGAGUUGGAAAGAUUGGAUUUAAAUGGAAACAAUUUUGGAGAGGAAGGUUGUGAACAUAUUCAGGAAAUUCUGGAUGGCUUUAACAUGGCAACGGUUUUGGGAUCACUGAGUGAUGAUGAAGGUGAUGAGGAUGACGAUGAUGAAGAGGAUGAUGAUGAGGAGGAAGAUGAUGAUGAGGAGGAGGAGGAUGAUGAUGAUGAAGAUGAUGAUGAGGAAGGAGGAGAUGAAGAGGAGGAAGAUGAACAGAAAGUGGAGCCAUUAAAGAAAAUUCCUCAGCCUAAUACAACAGAAUCCACACCUGCAGCGGCCCCAGUUCCACCUGUUGAUGCAUCAACUUUUCUCAGUUUUCCUUCCCCAGAAAAACUCUUGCGGAUGGGCCCUAAGCGCUCAACAAUAGCGUCUCAGACUGAUGUUGCAGACACUGAAAAGGUAGUGCAGACAUUCAUCCAGAUAUCAUCGGUGUACCGAGAUGAACAGACAGUGAAAAUAGCAGUGGAAGAAACUGUUGACUGCCUGAUGAAAAAAGCUUUUGGCACUGAGGUUUUUGAACCAAAUGUGUUUGUUACGAGUUUACUGAUGCGCAUGGGUCUUCUUAAGAGUGAGGAUAAGAUUAAACCUGUUCUGCACUUGUAUGGACCGCUGCUGACCCUGAAUCAUGUAGUGCAACAAGACUAUUUUCAGAAAUCUCUUGCUCCUGUCCUGCUGGCUUUUAUCUCAAAACCCAAUGUUGCACUGGAAUCUCAGCCUCUUGCUCGACACACCCUGCUACAAACACUUCAUAAUUUGUAACUUUCCCAGCGAGACCAUUAAAUGCAAAGCCUGACAAAGGAAGGAAAUAAACUGAAUGUUACUAUGAGACUCCGAACCACUGGUGACGAAGCUCCUUCUGCUCUUAUCCUCGGCCCCUUUUCCAGUGUUUUGUUUACAUUUAUUAAGAGUUGGAGCUCUCUGAUUCUUAAAAACCCAAUUAGUUUGGUUUAGAUCUCAGGAAAGGAAAGACUAGAACUGGGCAAACAUCCAAAGGGAUGCUUGAAAUUUGUGCUACUUCACCACUUGUAAGGAUUACUUUGACCUCCCUGACUUACAAGAUUUUUUGAAUUCUCAAAAUCUGAAUCUUUG